AUGUUUAACUGGAUCAGAACCUUUUGGAAGGAGUCGACGGGCCUUCCUGCUCCACCACUAACUGAGAAGAACCUUCCGGACCAAACUGGAAAAGUCUUCAUCGUUACAGGUGCCAACACAGGAGUAGGCUAUGAAGUAUCAUCGAUUCUCUACUCACACAACGCCAAAGUUUAUGUGGCAGCACGCUCCGAGUCCAAGGCCCAAGCAGCCAUUGAUGCAAUUAAAGCGCUACACCCCAAAUCCACAGGAAGUUUGCACUAUCUGCACCUCAAUCUCAGUGACCUCGGCACCAUCAAGUCAAGUGUGAAUGAAUUCUUAUCGAAGGAGGACAAGCUUCACUGGCUGAACAAUAACGCCGGUGUCAUGAUCCCACCCAAGGAACAAGUCGGCGCCCAGGGUUUGAAUCUGACAUACCAGACGAAUAUCCUCGGUCCUUUCCUCUUCACCAAGCUCCUGCUUCCCGUGCUCCAGCGCACCGCCGACAGUGAACCUAAGGGAACGGUGAGAGUCAGCUGGGCUGGAAGUCUAGCUGUCGUGUUGCAAUCUCCCCCCAACGGCCAUAAGUGGAAAAUCGCCAAGGAUGGCAGCGAGACUCUCGAUGACACUCUGAGAAACGAGAACAUCUACGGCGUCAGCAAAGCUGCCAACUACUAUCUCGCGAACGAGUUCGGUCGGAGAUACAAUGCCCAGGGUGUGAUGCAUAACUCCUACAACCCAGGCAAUCUACAGUCCGACCUACAACGCCACCUCCCAGGCUUCGUUCAAUGGAUCAUGAACAAAACAGUGCUCUACCCUGCCAUAUACGGCGCAUACACGGAGAUCUACUCUGGACUGAGCCGCGACAACCCGGCCCUGACUUCCGAGCAGGGCGUUUACUUGGUUCCCUGGGGCCGGAAAUACGGGACGAGAGCAGACCUCGAGGCGGAAAUCGCAAAGGGUCCGAAUGGCGAGGCUGCUAAGUUGUGGGAUUGGUGUGAUAGGGUUACAAAAGACUUUGCAUAA